UUGCUCAGCUGCCAUGUUGUUUGUUUUCUCUCCCCUCCGACGCAGCGGCUGACUUUAUGGCCGCUCGCUGCUCGUCUUCGGCGGACACUUUCUGAUGACACGCACCGCCCCGUCCGGUGAUACUCUCAUUGCUCCACCGACUCUUUCCAACCCCCCGCACAGACACACAGCAGCCUCACAAAGCGCCGCCUGGUGAGGGGAAGAUGGUGGAUCGGCUUGCCAACAGCGAGGCCAACUCCAAGCGCAUAGCGGUGGUGGAGAGCUGCUUCGGGGCGGCGGGCCAGCCUUUGGCCAUCCCGGGUCGCGUGCUGAUCGGCGAAGGCGUGCUGACCAAACUGUGCCGCAAGAAGCCCAAAGCGCGGCAGUUCUUCCUCUUCAACGACAUCCUGGUGUACGGCAACAUUGUCAUCCAGAAGAAGAAGUACAACAAGCAGCACAUCAUCCCGCUGGAGAGCGUCACCAUCGACACCGUGCCCGACGAGGGUGACCUGCGCAACGGCUGGCUCAUCAAGACGCCCACCAAGUCCUUCGCCGUUUACGCCGCCACCGCCACGGAGAAGUCGGAGUGGAUGAACCACAUCGGCAAGUGCGUGGGCGAGCUGCUGCAGAAGAGCGGCAAAACGCCCACCAGCGAGCACGCCGCCGUCUGGGUUCCCGACUCGGAGGCCACUGUCUGCAUGCGCUGCCAGAAGGUCAAGUUCACGCCCGUCAGCCGCCGCCACCACUGCAGGAAGUGCGGCUUCGUGGUGUGCGGCCCCUGCUCCGACAAGAAGUACCUCCUGCCCAGCCAGUCGUCCAAGCCCGUCCGCGUCUGCGAGUUCUGCUACGGGCAGCUGACGUCGGGCGCGCGCUCGGACUCAUUCGCCCGGCCCUCGUCUCACUUUGACAUGUCCGACGACGACGACGAGGACGACAGCAGUGACUGAGAGGGGCGGAGCCAGCUAGACCUCCCGGGACUGAGUGGUGGCAUCGCCACGCAACGCUGAGGUCCGGAUGAUGGACACGCCCCUUUUGUCCUCUAGCUCCUCCCUCUUCUGUCCCCAGCCAAUCAUCUCUGCACGGGGAAAAAGCUUUCUUUUCCAAUUCAAUUAGCUGCUGGUGACAAAUCAAGCCUGUGCCUCCACGCUCACCUCCGUGCCUUCUACAACAUCAGCAGGUCUUCUUCUACAACAUCAGCAGGUCUUCUUCUACAACAUCUGCAGGUCUUCUUCUGGAACAUCAGCAGGUCUUCUUCUACAACAUCAGCGGUUCUUCUGGCAAAAAAAGCAAAACAUUCGGUGCUUUGACGAGCACAUCCUGUGUCCUGCAGUUGCCAUGGCAACCAUUCCUGGGCUUCCACCGAGACACUAACACCACGUCUCUUUGAGGGACUACGUUCCUCCGGUCUUAGCGGAGGACCAGGACCCACGUCGGCAGAAGUAUCAGGACGGCUGCAGGAACCCGGACGUUUGCACACGAGGUAAAUCGUCCGUCCAUUCGCACUUCAGUAGCCGCCCGUUUUCUUUUUACUCCGCUUUAAACUUUAAAAUCUUUCGGGUUUCAUCAGUGUUUUGAUGGCGCUAUCUGCAGGGGCGGGGGUUUCGGCAGCUGUCUAUCUAGCAGGGGGCGAUGUGUCAUGUCAAUUCACACAGCUUCAUGCGUAUCAAUACUGUUGUUUUGAUGUGUCAACCUAAAGGUAUUCAACUAGCGACUCGGGGGACAAAUCGGACACCAUAGCGGUCCUCCGGGUUCAGUUCAAAACUUGGGAGAGCGAAUAUUUUUGCAGAAAAUUCCUAAAAACACUAGUGUGCUCCUGUUGUUUCGACGUAAACACGUUUUACGCAUUUCACUUUGCCAACAAACAUUAGCAUGGGGGUCCAAACUUGUGAUUUACAUAAUGGAGGCGUUCCUCAAGGCACCCCUUUAAGUCCUCUCCUUUUUUGGCAGUUACACUUUUUUCCGUACCGUGACUGACUGUAGUUUGUUUACAUCAGAUGCAGUUCAACUUCUUGAGUUGUCGUUGUGGUGUUCCUCAGGGUUCAAUCUUAGGUCCUCUGGUUUUCAUCAUUUGGGCUUCUAAACUGUUCCAAAAAAAAAAAUCAAAUUUUUGCAGCACGUUCUUAAAACCACUAGAGUGCUGUCAUAAAAAUGUUUGGGGAAGAUCCUAAAAAAAAACAAAAAAAAAAAACGAGCGUUCCUGUAACUGAGAAAACAAAAAUGGACCCACAUCAAAUGUCCACUGUAGAGGACGGGGGUGACACAAAACAGGACUUAUAAGGGAGGAGCGGAUCAGUCCGGCCCUCGGCUCUCUGGAAAGGUGGCCCUUAAAACAAUUGAGAUCCGCAAAAAGAGGCAUUUUUAUAACUUUAUUAUGUUCACGUUCAAUCAAUACAAGACCAAGAGCAGAACUCUUCCAUGAGGUUUUGAACUAUUUGCCAUGCGACCCAGGUUGGACCAGUUCUAGUUGUUCCACACCAAAACUUCACAGACCUUCCUUAAGCACCAGCACCAGAAAACUGUCCAAACUGUGAUUCAGGGACGACUGUGAUUGGAUCGGAGCCGUGUCCCAACACUUUUGCCAUUUUGUCCAUUUUUUGCGUCUUUUACUCCUUGUUACUUUUCAAAAUACUUUUUUUUUUUUGGGUUCGAUAAUUACCGUCUAAAAAUUAAGAAGUGAGUUUUAUUUUCGGGACUGUGUGCGCGUGCGUGUGCGUGUGUGUGCGCGCGUGUGUGUGUAUGUAUGUGUGUGUGUGUGUGUGUGUGUGAUGUGACAAGUUUCUCUUCCCAGCCGAGUUUAUAGUGUGAAAGGAGGGGGAAAAAAAGGGAUUUUUUUCUUGUUUUUUUUGUCCUGUACGAUAAUUUGUUGUGUAAAAUGAAAGAGAAUGUCGCUAUAUAAUUAUUUCUAUUGUUUUUGUUUGUUGAGCAAUUGUGCGUCGAGGGAAUCUUUCACGCUAAUACAACCGUUUUUAUUUUUCGUCAUCUAAUGCAGAACCACCUCAGAAAACACCAUCAUGGCCAGCAUUAAUACGUAGUAGCAUAGUAGGCCUAAGUAUUCGUUAAAAACUAGGCAGGGGUAUUGUUUAAAAAUAUUUACCGUAUUUUCCAGACUAUAGAACACACGGAUAUAUAAGCCGCACCCACUAAAUGUGAGAAGAAAACUUUUUUCCAUGUAUUAGCCGAAACCAGACUAUUAGCUGCAGAUGUAUACGUUGUGAAAUUAGUUAUUUACACAGAAAUAUUCUGUAAAUGUUUAUUUACAUACCUUAAUUGUUUCCAAACAUGGUCUGUAACAUGGCAGUAAAACGGCUGAUCAAAAAAAACAUAAGUCAUCAUGUAUUCACUGGCUGCGGAAGCUAGCUCUCCGAUCAGCUAAACUGACUAACUCUGACUUACAAAACUGGAACAAUACAAAAAAAUAUAUAUUGUACGUUAAUAAUACUAACACUUUAACUAAUGCUAACGACGCUAGCACGUAAAAAUAUGCAUGAAAACACUCCUACAGACAUCACACAUGGGACGGUUUAGUAAGUAUGAAUUGUUUUAGUUAUAUUGUAAAACUUACAAACGUUGCUUGGAGUGCUGAAUGAAGAAUCCAUACAAGUACAAACGCUAUGGACGGCUAGAAGACUGAACGGCACGUCUACUUCCGGUUGAAAGCUCAGUCCAAAGAUAACGGCGCUGCAGUAACUUGUCCAAAAGGUGGCGCCGUAGCACAAACAACACACCUUCUCAGUGUGUUCGCUUGUGGGUUUUUUAAAAAACUUUUUGCAUUAUAAUCUGGAAUUUACGGUAAAAAAAAGGCCACUAACAGACAGUUUGAACAAUAAAACUGUGUUUGAAUAUUUCAUUGAUUGUGGCGUACCACCACAGUUUGAAAAUCACUAAUCUGAUGCCAGGAAAAAACAACUAAAUCAUACAUUUGAUGGUUAUAUAAAUAAUAAUAAAUGAGAAAAUACCAAACUAUAUUUAGUAGAGUGAUUGUGCUCGCGUGAAAGAUUCCUUCAAUGCGUGUUUACAUGUCUUCUAAUUGGGAGGUCAUAUGACGUCUAAUAGUGGGCGUGGCCUUAAAGAGUCAAAUACAUUUAACGACAGAGUCAAAGUAGAGCUCUGUUUAACACACUAGCUGCGGGGGUCCCUGAACGCAGCAUCAAUGAGAUCCGGCUGAAAGGUCCACGACAACAUGAGCGGGUCAGUUCCUGGAACGUUUCUUCCGCGUUUAAUCCGAUUGUUUGCUUAAAAAUAAGGGGGGGCUUUAAGGAGAAUGUAAAACUGCAGCUUCAUUAACGGUUUGAUUGAUCAAUGUGUUGCUUCCAGCUGACAUGUUGUCUUCACAGAGUGAAGGCUAAAUAUAAAAACAUGAAAUAUGCAA